GUUCUGUAUUUUCUAUUUUAUUUGCCUUUUUGAGUUCAUUUUUCCGAUAAUUUGAACAUUUUAUAACCUUAAUGUAUAUAUAUAAGGACACAGAGCUCACUCUCACUUCCACUCAACUGGUUUCAGUUUCUUUGGCUGAUUUUACAUUUUUGUAGUUUUAAGCCGUCGUUUGUAUUUGGGUGGAAGAUUGAAUCUUUCUCGUAAAUCAUAUACAAAUAUUACUUGUCAAAAAGAAUUGAACUUUUUCAAGGGUUUAUACUAAUUUGACUGUCAAAUUGGUGUUUUUGUUAAUCUUUAUUAAUACUAGAUUAUUUAGGAGUCAGCGUUGUGUGAUUGUAAGAUGUCACGAUUGAUUCUACCAAGCAAAGCUUCGAGCUUGUCGAGGACAUGCCUCUUGGGUUUUGUCUCCUCCACACCUGUACGAUGGAGCUUUUGCGUAACUGGGAAUUCGGCAAAGAAAGUUUGUAGAUACAGGCCAUUCUUGUGCUCUGAGAACACCAAUCGGAGGAAUGGUCAGACACCGUAUUACUCACUGCCUAGGGCUAGAACUAUUGGAAAGAGGUUUAUCUGCUCUGUAGCAACAGAACCACUACCAAAGCAAGUUGAAGAAACUAAUAUGGAGGCACCAAAAGAGAUAUUUCUGAAGGAUUACAAACAACCUGAUUAUUUCUUUGAAAAGGUGGAUUUGAAAUUUCAGUUGGGCGAGGAAACAACGUUUGUUUCUUCCAAAAUUGUUGUCUCUCGCAGGGUUGAAGGUUGUUCGUCACCUCUAGUCUUGGAUGGGGUAGAUCUGAAACUGGUUUCUUUGAAGGUGAACGGAGAGGAGCUGAAGGAAGUUGAUUUUCUUGUUGAUUCACGCCAUCUGACACUUUCCUCUCCUCCAAGUGGUAAAUUUACUGUUGAGAUUGUCACUGAAAUCUGCCCACAGAAGAACACGUCUCUACGGGGUCUCUUCAAGUCAUCAGGAAACUUCUGUACCCAGUGUGAGGCGGAAGGUUUCCGCAAAGUUACAUACUAUCAGGAUCGUCCUUAUAUCAUGGCGAAGUACACUUGUCGAAUUGAGGGUGACAAGUCAUUGUGCCCUGUCUUAUUGUCUAACGGGAACCUGACAGAGCAAGGAGAACUGGAGGGAGGCAAGCAUUAUGCUGUAUGGGAGGAUCCUUUUGUGAAACCAUGCUAUCUCUUUGCAUUUGUAGCAGGACAGCUGGAGAGCAGAGAUGAUACUUUCAUAACUCGUUCUGGCCGAAAAGUCUUACUCAGAAUCUGGACCCCUGCAGAAGAUCUACCAAAGACAGCUCAUGCCAUGUAUUCAUUGAAAGCAGCUAUGAAAUGGGAUGAAGAUGUUUUUGGGCUCGAAUAUGACAUGGACCUCUUUAAUGUUGUGGCUUUUCCAGAUUUUAAUAUGGGUGCCAUGGAAAAUAAGAGUUUGAAUAUCUUCAAUUCCAAACUUGUCUUGGCAUCUCCCGAAACUGCCACAGAUGGAGAUUAUGCUGCGAUAUUGGGUGUGAUUGGGCAUGAGAGUGACAUGCCGGGAUUGGUUCCAGCUUAGGUUAAAGGAAGGCCUCACUGUGUUCCGGGAUCAGGAGUUUUCAUCUGAUAUGGGAAGCCGUCCAGUAAAACAGAUAGCUGAUGUUUCAAAGCUUCGGUCGUAUCAGUUCCCGCAGGAUGCUGGGCCCAUGGCUCAUCCUGUGCGUCCUCACUCUUAUAUUAAGAUGGAUAACUUCUAUACAGUCAUGGUAUGCCUGAAGCACUUUUUAUCAACGCUCCCCUCGUUUCCCCCUAAAUUUUCCCUGCAAUCAUAUUCAUAUAAACUACUGACUCUUUUUGUUUACCUGAUUUUUUGAAUGACAUGUAUAUGAGAAGGGAGCGGAAGUGGUGAGGAUGUACAAAACCUUGUUGGGAGCUUCAGGAUUUAGAAAGGGUAUGGAUCUAUAUUUCAAGAGGCAUGAUGGACAAGCCGUGACCUGUGAAGAUUUCUUUGCUGCUAUGAGAGAUGCAAAUG